UCCAAGUGCAACAAUGAGUAGUUUGUAUACAGAUCCUUUAUCCAUGAAGACAAGUGAUGUUGAAGUUAAAAAGUACAGCUCACAGCAAUUGCUAACAAUUUUUGAAGAUCAAUCGAAAGGGCUUAAAACCACCUAUGAUGAAUACACUCAAAUCCAUGGCAGGCAAAUCGAUCCUCAUGAUCUUAACCACAUGCUCACCAGGUUUGGAAGGGAGCAAACUGAUCAUGAAGAGCUUGCCCGGUUCCAGGCUGCAACAGAAUCUUUCAGCAAUAAUAAGGCAAUGAUAAGAAUUAUGGAAGGCAAAAAUAUCGAUAAAUCAAUGUCAAGGGCAAUGUUCAAGUACAUUUGUCCAGAGAGCGAACGGAUGGACAAAAAGUCCUUUUCAACCUUUGUCCAAAACUUCGGGUUAGACACUUAUGGACUCACUAAUGACCAAAUAUUUGACGUGAUUUCUAAUAACAAGGGCUAUAUUGCCGAUGAGGAUUUCUUUGAUUUUGUUGCUGAUAUUCCUCUAGAACCCGUGCAGAUCAACUCUAAAAAGCAAAGAGUGAAGCAAAAUAACAGAUUACCUGAAGAAGAGAAAAUACCGAAAGAAGAGUCUAAAACCCUGCCUUCAAAUAACAAAAAGCCUAAGUCCAAAGUGACCAAGGACACGAAGGAGAAAGCCAAGAAGGAUAAGAACAAGGCUAAGAAGGACAAGAGCAAGACUAAGAGAAGUAAGGAAAAGAAGAACAAGAAUAAAAAUAACAAAAAGGUGGUUCUUACUUAAUUUCCAACAGUUUUCAACAA